GUCAGUCAACCCCCAAAAAUUUCCUGGAAAUUAAUUUUCCACACUGUUUCUCCUCUAUCUCUCUAUUGCCUAUGCAAUAUAUAAAUGAUUCAUUCAUUCAUUCACAACCUUCAUAAUCCCAAAGUGUAAAGCAACCAAUUAACUCCAUCAAAGGAUAUGACCAUGGCCACUACUUAUGCCAUCCACCGGCAAACCACCGGUUUCCCCUCAUCCACGUCGUCUUCCCCUCCUCCUCAACCCGGGUUGCAGAACCCGAAGGAAAAGGAUCACCAACCACCCAUCACAUUCCAUGUCACAAUCCCUUUCAGCCUCCCAGUCUCCCCAGAAUCAGCCGCGAGCAGGAUCAUCAGAAACAUGGGGAAGUUCGGGCUGUACUACUUUGAAUUCGUGUGGAUCGUACUGUUCAUUGCCCUGGUUCCACAACGCAAGGUCUCGGCGAUCAUCAUGGCGGCAACCAAAGAGGCUGCGAUCGCGUACCUUCUUCUCCUGCGUGGGGUCCCUGCGAGUCUUGUUCUGGCCCGCAAGAUUCUUGACCGGAAGCUGCUGGUUUUGGGUCUGCUAGGUGUGGGCACUGGGGCGGCGCUCGUGGCCACGCAUUCCGGCCUUCAUCUGCUCAUCACUCUCGCUGCGACUCUCCCUCUCGUCUUAGCUCAUGCCGGGCUCUGGUCCGGUUGGGGAGCGGUUGAUCCAUUGUUGGAGAAUGAUGAUGUUCACCAAUAUGCUCCGCUUGUUUAAACUACCUAUACGCCAAACAUGCAUAAACAAUAACUGUCUGUGUAAACAGUUAUUGUUUGUGUGUGUCUUUAAGAAGUUUGAUGUCAAAGUGGUGUCCUACUUGUACCUAUGCAACUUCUUGUAGUAAACGGACUUUUUCCUUAUUUUUGUUGAAUGAUUUGUGUCAAAUAAAGGAGAUUGAUUGUGCUAUAUAGUCCGUCCCACUCUUUUCAUUUCCAACAUGAGUUGUAACAUUUCUAAGGAUUAAAGUUGAAAGAGUAUCAAUAAAUUUGUUCUUGAGGA